CGUGUGUGAGCGCGUGAGGCGGAGAGAAGCGCUGUGACCCUCAUCAUCACUGGAGCGCGCGCUCUGUCUGUCUGUCUCUCUCUGUUUCUGUCUGUCGCUCUGUCUGUGUGUGUGUCUCUGUGUGUGUGUCUGUGUGUCUCUGUGUGUGUGUGUCUCUGUGUGUGUGUGUGUGUGUGUGUGUGUGUGUCUCUGUGUGUGUGUCUCUGUGUGUGUGUGUCUCUGUGUGUGUGUGUGUGUGUGUGUGUGUCUCUGUGUGUGUGUGUGUGUGUGUCUCUGUGUGUGUGUGUGUGUCUGUGUGUGUGUCUCUGUGUGUGUGUGUCUGUGUGUGUGUCUCUGUGUGUGUGUGUGUGUGUGUGUGUCUGUGUGUGUGUCUGUGUGUGUGUCUCUGUGUGUGUGUGUCUGUGUGUGUGUCUCUGUGUGUGUGUGUGUGUGUGUCUCUGUGUGUGUGUGUGUGUGUCUCUGUGUGUGUGUGUGUCUCUGUGUGUGUGUGUGUGUGUGUGUGUGUGUGUGGACAUGUGCGAUGUAGCGGCAACUUCGGAAAAAAACAACAAAUCUGAACAAGAUGAAGAAAUUGCGGAGAACUUUAUCAGAAAGCAUCCGCCGCGUUGCUUUAAAGAAAGAGGAUGGAGGUUUUGAUGAGAUAUGCGUGUCCAAGAUGUCCACUCGAGGGUGCCAGGGUUCAGAUUCGCUCUUCAGGCCCCUGGAUUCAAUCCCUGAAGAACGCCGGGCACGAGUCCAACGCACUCAGAGCGGCUUUGAGCCCUUUGAUAAACACACUAGCCAGGUGAAGAGAGUGCAUUCAGAGAACAACGCUUGCAUUAACGCCUCGGGGAGCAGCACACAUGCAGAGUCACCCAAACUCCGCCGUCACUCCAGCCCCAGCUCUCCAACCAGUCCAAAGUUCGGGAAAGUUGAUUCCUAUGAGAAACUGGAGAAGCUUGGAGAGGGUUCAUAUGCCACCGUCUACAAGGGGAAGAGCAAGGUGAAUGGGAAGCUGGUGGCUCUAAAGGUGAUUCGGCUGCAGGAGGAGGAGGGAACCCCAUUCACUGCUAUCAGAGAGGCGUCUCUGCUGAAGGGUCUGAAACACGCAAACAUUGUCCUGUUACAUGACAUUGUACACACCAAGGAAACACUCACACUUGUCUUCGAAUAUGUGCACACAGAUUUGUGUCGGUACAUGGAUAAACACUCUGGGGGGCUCCACCCUGAAAAUGUCAGACUUUUUCUCUUCCAGUUGUUGAGAGGUUUGUCCUACAUCCAUCAGCGCUUUAUCCUGCACCGAGAUCUCAAACCUCAAAACCUGCUGAUCAGCGAGAGUGGUGAACUCAAACUGGCUGAUUUCGGUCUAGCCCGGGCUAAAUCUGUUCCCAGUCACACAUAUUCUAAUGAGGUGGUGACACUGUGGUACCGACCCCCAGACGUUCUGCUUGGUUCUACUGAAUAUUCCACCUGCCUGGACAUGUGGGGCGUUGGCUGUAUCUUUAUUGAGAUGAUUCAGGGCGUGGCUGCAUUUCCUGGUAUGAAGGAUAUGCAGGACCAGCUGGAGAGGAUCUUCCUGGUACUUGGUACUCCAUCUGAAGAAACAUGGCCAGGUGUUCACUCACUUCCUCUCUUCAAACCAGAUCGGUUUCCUGUGUAUAGCGCCAAAAAACUUAGACAAGCCUGGAACAAGUUAGGUCAUGUGGAUCAUGCUGAAGAUUUAGCCUCCAGGUUUCUGCAGUGUUUCCCGAAGAAUCGUGUUUCUGCUCACACAGCGCUGCAGCACGAGUUCUUCAACGAGAUCACCACUAAACUGAGGGAGAUCUCGGACAUGUCCUCCAUCUUCUCUGUGCCGAGUGUGAAGCUGCAACCCGAGUUGAAUAUCAGCAACAUCAAAACACAUAGCAAAGGAGCUUCAUCUGGUAAACACUGACAGGUUGCUUUCCCUCUGUGUUCAGUCAGAAUGAAGAAACGACUUGAAGGAGGCAGAGAUACCUGUUCUUUUAAAUUAUUCCUUUCAAAGACUGAGUGAGUGAGUGUGUGGGUGUGUAAAUAUGGGGAAUGUCACAUUUAACAAUAUUAUUCUUUUGAAUUUUUUAUUAGAAAUGUUUACACAUUAAGAGAUGACGUCACACAUGCGCACGCACACACACAGAUUGUGUACAGCUUUGUGUGUGUGUGUGUGUUAUGAGAAUGUAUGUACAGAGAAAAUCAGUUUCUUCACAAAUGCCCCAGAAUCUUCAUGUUUCCUUCUUAUUUUCUGUUUUGGCUCCGACCCUCACCACUGCCCUCACCACUGCCCUCACCACUGCCCUCACCACUGCCCUCACCACUGACCACAGUGGUGUUGUGACGAGUCAGUACACAUGCACGCAUGUACAAUAAUAAUAAUAAUAAUGAUGCUGCCUUCAGGGAGUAAACUAAAGCAAUGUGAGAAAACACACACACACACACACACACACACACACACACACACACACACACACUACUUUAAGCCAAACAAACCCAAAAAAAUAAACUGCUUCAUACUGACAGAUAAUAUCCACAUAAGAUGUUUGAUUAUUUGUUUGUUCAUAUUUGUACCUGUAUACUGUGUAUAGUUAAUUUUCUUUUAAAGUAUGUCCCUGGGCGCUGAAAUCUUACUCUCUCCGAGGUUCAGACAUCGCACUCAGCGCUGAGGUUGAGUCAAUACAUUGCUUCUAAAUUGUUGUAAAUGACCCUAAAGAUGCCCGAGUGUCAAGCAUUUGGCUGUAAAAAUAAGUCCAAUCAUUGAAGCAGUGAACACACGCGCGCACACACACUUGCACACUUGCCCAGAGCAGUGAGGAGCUGCACUCCAAUGCCUGGGGAUUUUUUUUUUGAAUUAGACACCUUUAUUUGAUGGCUCUGUGUCACUGAGGUAAACGGUGUACAGUGGGAAAGCACAGGCAGAUAUAUGGUUUCCCUGCAAACAGCCACGCCUAGGGAAGCCGAUUCUUACAAUAUCACAACUUUUAAAAUGGAUAAAAUAUUGGCACAUCAGGGCACUAUCCAUGAUUGGCAAACAGUUUAUUUUUUGGGUUUUGUUUGGCUUUAAGAGAUCUGUGUGUGUGAGAGAGAGAUACAGGCAAUAAACCUGUGGCGUUCCACUGUGAGAUCUUCUCUCAGCCCACACAUGAGAACUGUCCAGUCACAGCUCAGCUCUGAAGACCAUGAUUGGUUGGUGUGUGUGUGUGUUUAAUCAAGAGCUUCCUGUGACAGAUUUGUGUGUGAAGCAGUGUGAAAUGCACACUCCACUCACACACUUUUUACCAGACAGUAAUGAGUGUGUGACUUCCUUUAAUACAGUACAGUAAAAACAGCAAUGAAAGGCCCGGCACUGUUAGAGUGUGUGUGUGUGUGUUGUCUUACUGUAAUUUUACUAUACCCCCCCAGUGUGUGUGUGUGUGUGUGUUUGAGAGUGAACAGGAAGCAGGCCGUUGGUCAGUGACGCACAGUGGUGCUGUGGAUUAUUAAACGUCUCUUCAUUCAGCUUUACAAACUCACAACUGCUUCCAGACUCUUGCUCUGUAGAAGUGGACUUCCUGAAGAAAUCGGAGCUUACAGUAAAACUAUGAGCUACUGUUGUGCAACUCCUAACAUGGGUUCUACUGCACCCUUCUGCACUUCCCUGUGAUUGUAUCCCCUUCUCUUUAUCAGCUUGAAUGAAGUGUGCUAGAUGAGGGAUUGUACACUUUAAUAGCAUGUUUAUUUAUUUACCCAGAAUUAAUUGCAGCACUCAUUCACUCGUUUUCAGUUUUAAGUGUUCUAAAUGUUAACAGGAGCAAUAAAAUCUUUAUUUCAAUUUUAACAUGAACAUGCGAUUUUACACACACACACACACACACACACCACUGAGGGGGAGAAGAAUUAAACUCCCGUUCCCACAGUGUUCUUAGAUUGCAUGUCAGGAAACAACACAUUAUUUGUUGUAUUUUGUUUAUUGGUGACCUCAUCCCACAUCAUGAUGUGAUCCCACAAGACAUCACACUUGUGCACUCACUCACAGUCAGCAGGAAAUAAUGACAAAUUAAUCAGUCAAGUCAAAUCCAAUCAAUUUAUUUGUACAACACAUUUAACAAUAAACACUGUCACAAAGCAGCUUUGCAGAAAAAUAAA